AUGGGAGCCGUGACGUCACGGGGCGAUCAUCCCAUGAACGCAGGAGCGGAGAAGUGUGGGAAAACGGGGGAGGAGCCUGAGCUUAGAGAGAGAGAGAGAGAGAAAGAGAGACAGAGAGAGAGGGAAGGCGAGUACAGUAGAGAGAAGAAGAGCCCUGCCAUGCCCGGUUCGCCUGUGGAUGCUAAGACUCAUUCCAGAUCAGCCCCCAGCAGCAGUGCCAGCUCCACCAUGCCGCCCCUGCCCUCUGUCAAUCCCAGCGGUCCUCGUCCGGCCUCGUUUUCCACCACAGCACUGACCAACGGGAAUCAUCACUCCCCGCCAACCCUGAACGCAGUGCCGUCUCCACCGCAGCGAUACAGCAACGGGCCGUCCUCCUCCUCUUCCUCGUCGCUGGCAAACCAACAGCUGCCGGCCACCUGUGGGGCUCGCCAGCUGAGCAAGCUGAAACGUUUCCUGACCACGCUGCAGCAGUUUGGCAACGACAUCUCUCCUGAGAUUGGAGACAACGUCAGAAGCCUCGUUCUGGCCCUUGUGAAUUCAACAGUUACUAUCGAGGAAUUUCACUCACGGCUUCAGGAGGCCACCAACUUCCCCUUACGGCCAUUUGUCAUUCCGUUUCUCAAGGCAAACCUUCCCCUGCUGCAGAGGGAGCUGCUCCACUGUGCACGGGCAGCCAAGCAGACCCCUGCUCAGUACCUGUCCCAGCACGAGCACCUCCUGCUGAGCACCACUCUGGCCUCCUCCCCAGACUCCUCAGAGCUGCUGAUGGAGCCUCCGGAGACCGGGACCAAGAGACACAGCCCCAGCAGGGUAAAAGAGAACGGUUUCCACGAGCGCCCGCCGGCAGCCAUGGAGCCGGCGGCCAAACGGGUGUGCACCAUCAGCCCGGCUCCCCGGCACAGCCCCGCACACCCGCUGCCUCUCUCCGCCCAGCUCCACCUGACCCCCCCGCCCCUGCAGCACUACGCCCUGGACGACAUAGCCGCGCCGCACAUUUUGCAGCGGGAGCACAGCCAGCGCGUGCUGGAGAUCCGCGAGCUCAAGGACCGGCCCAGAAUCCCAGGCACUAACGGGGGCUACCGCGAGGAGCCGGUGGACCACAGGCUGACAGACAGAGAGUGGGCUGAUGAAUGGAGGCAUCUGGACCAUGUGUUAAACUGCAUCGUUGACAUGGUGGAAAAGACACGGAGGUCAGUGAGUGUGCUCAGACGAUGCCAGGAGUCAGAUCGCGAGGAGCUCAACUAUUGGAGACGCCGAACGAGCGAGCAGGAGGACCCACGCAAAGGAGGCUCAGGCUCCACUCCAUUUUCCAAGCCACACAGCCCCCACUCCGAGUCGGACUCCCAGCGUGACUUUGUUCCGCGGCCAGGCUCGGCAUAUGUUACAGAUGAGAUCUGGAGGAAAGCUGAGGAGGCAGUUAACGAAGUCAAGCGUCAGGCCAUGGACGAGGUUCAGAAAGCAGUGGCAGAGGCCGAACAGAAGGCGUUUGAGAUGAUUGCUGCCGAAAGGGCUAAGAUGGAAAAGACUCUGGCUGAGGCAAAGCGGAAAGCUCAAGAGGAUGCCAUCCUGGUCAUCAAUGAACAGGAGGACUCCAGUGAGUGUUGCUGGAAUUGCGGGCGUAAAGCGAGCGAGACGUGCAGCGGCUGCAACGCCGCCCGCUACUGCGGCUCCUUCUGUCAGCACAAAGACUGGGAAAGACAUCAUCUGAUCUGCAGCCCAGGACUUCAGGCUCAGCCCAAACCUGUCUCGACCAUCACUGCCGGCAGGGCGGUUUCUGCGGCCACUGCAGCGGCAGCAGCUGGAAUGUCUCCCGUCAGUCUGGCCGGGGUCAAAGCUCCCGACAGCGGGCCUUCAGUGUCCAGUCCAAAAGGAGAGAAGGCGUCAGUCGCCUCUCGCUCCUCCACUCCCUCCACCCCGGCCUCGGCCCCCGAGACCAACGGACACUAGGAGGUUGAAGGAUUAUAGGGGUUAACGAGUCACUAAUCCUCUUUGCUUAUGGGGAAGAGUUGAAUCAACAGCAUGAGGAAACUAUUUGUGGGUUAAGUUAGGAUAACAGAUUUUUUCAUCAUACUCUUUGGCAGAUAAAGAAGGACAGAUUAUGGAUGACUGUUUUGAGUGAUAUGUCAACUGGGACUUUGGCUUUGGCAAAGAACAAAGGGACUCGUCUCGUAUGCAUUCAUUGGAUGAACAGAUCUCCCUAACAGAUGGAAAUGUCCCUCUCGUCGUCCAAAACCUCGAAUCUUGGAUCUGUGAUGACUGGGGGGAGAAAAAAAAGAACAGAUGAUUGAUCUCAGUUUAUCUGUGACAGCAGGGAGGAAGUUGUGAAAGGAAGGCAUAUAACCCGCUCACACUCCAUCCCCAGUUUACAAACUAAUAUCCUUACUUUGUUGUGAAUAUAUGAAAAGCAGGGAAUUGGUUUUGAUAAAUGUAAAAAAGUGUAAUAGAACCAUGCCCACAGCAUCCGUCUUUGUAAUUUAGAAGACUCUGACACUAGACCACGUAAACGGUCAUCUCUGGAACUCAUCUGGACUCAGAACAUUUGCUCUCCAACAUCUUGUCAGAUUUCCAUAGGUAUGAACCCGUCAAACGUCAUGCCGUCUGUGACUAUAGUAAAGCAUAUGAUUAUUUUUUAUCAAAGCAAUAUUGAAAUAAAGUGUUCAGGUAUUUCAAGUUGUUUUUCUGCACCACCAAAGUUUUCAGUUGCUGAAGAGUCCGUUGGCAGGAAUAUACCAAGCCGCUAACCCCUCUGACGAAGGGCUUAACUGGUCAUUUCUGAUCUGCGAGAAGUGAUGGUGGUUGUGUCACGCAAGCACAGGACUUUUUGUUAUUUUUUCCUUUAAAAAUCAAAUUCUGGUUGCAGUAUCACCCGGGCCCUUGUUUACAUCAGCAGCUACGUGGCAGCUCUUCUACCACUGCAGUGUGUGCAUCAGAGGACGAGAGUGUCAAAGCCCAAAACCAUUUUUAACGCAUGACUGACUAUCCACACAUCGCAGUGGUUCAGGUCCAGAACAGCCACUUUGUCCUUCGGAGAAUCUCAGGAGCUAAACUGUUUGUAUGUACAGAUCACUCUUUUUCUUUUGGGUGCCGUUAGGUUAAAGUUUAGUGGGGAGCUUUGAUUUAUUGUACUUCGCUGUUGCAAUUGAGAUACCCUCUUUUUUUUUCUUUUCUUUUUUGCUGUAAAAUUACUUGUAAAGAUUAUGAGAGAUUUCCUUUAUUUUGUGAGCCACAGUUUUCCCCUUCAUUCUUUGAAUAUGUUCUUUUGUUAUGAGGCUUGGAACACAUCUUGACAUAAACCAUGGAAUAAAAGAAG